UGUACAUAAAAUCCUCACUCACUUCUUCUAAAUAAAAAAGAAAAAGAAAAAUGUCCAUAAAAAACAUCUCUCCUGACUUCCAUCAACCUCUCUUCUCUACUCCCCAACUUCCCAUCAUGCUUAACCAAAAGUCCUCCCUCUCCGUCGCCGCCGCCGCCGCCGCCGACCACCUCCCCAUGUUUGAAAAACCCUUAACACCCAGCGACGUUGGCAAGCUCAACCGUCUCGUCAUCCCCAAGCAAUACGCCGAAAAAUACUUCCCCCUCUCCCCCUCCGCCGCGGUCGUCGCCGCAGCCGCCGGCGACUCUGCCGAUAAAGGGUUACUCCUCAGCUUCGAAGAUGAGUCCGGCAAGAUAUGGCGGUUCCGUUACUCUUAUUGGAAUAGUAGUCAGAGCUAUGUGCUGACGAAGGGGUGGAGCCGAUUUGUCAAAGAGAAGCGCCUUGACGCCGGAGAUGUCGUCGUUUUUGAACGCCACCGCCGUGAUGGUGAUAGGUUGUUUAUUGGGUGGAAGAAGAGGUCGGCGCCGUCUCCAGCAGACACUGCCCAGGCUGCUGCGAGUGGCGGUGUUGGCGGUGGUGGAGGUUGGACUAAAAUGUUCUGUUCUGCAAAUCCAUAUUCUUCUUCUCAUCAUCAUCAUCAUCAUCAUUUUCCUUCUCCGCCAUACCAAUCUUCUUCUGAUUCUCCUCAUGCAGAGUCCUCUGUUCAGAGUCAAACAAUGUCGGUUGGGAAUUCAAAGAUACUGCGGCUGUUCGGAGUGGACUUGGAGUGCCAAACCGACAUGUCCGAACCCGAACCACCGUCGACGCUCAAUGUCGGGUCAAAUUUAAGUUUAUCGGUUCGAGAUCCAACCCGCCACACCUUCUAUACACAUUAUUCUUCUCCUCUUCCUCAUCACAUGGAUUUCACUUUCUCACAAGAUGUCAAGCAGACGAAAUAUCAAGGAUAGAGAUGGGUGGAUGUGACGUCCCUGUACUGCAAAACCCACUUUUUUUUAAAAAAAAAAAAAAAAAUUAUUUAAUCAAAAUCCCCACCACUUCAGUUCAAAAUGUCGCCCCAUUAAAGAAGGGGAAAACAGAGGGCAAAAAAAAAAAAAAAAAAAAAA